AUGACACACUCUAUUUGGGAUUUAUGCAAGCCGCACGAACAUGUUGCACCUACUGAAGAGAACGAAGAUCAUGAAGAAGUUGUUUACGACGCGACGACUUUUGUACAUGAGUCACUUGAAUCCGUUGUGUCAAUUCUGAAUCGAGGCGUUUUGACAUUGUCAAGCGGCGUGAAUCUCGUUGCUGCUCUUCGCGAUGCUGAUAUGGUACAAGGAUACCGGUCCUGUUUGGCACCCACUUUUGUAUAUGUAGCCACCAUGUACAGUCAACAAGGGAAACAGCGUCAUGUCAUUGAUAUAUGUGACCAAGGACUUCAAGUUGUUGACACCCAGGAUACGCACUAUGCUAUGCUACAACGACUCCGACAGGAUGCUGUGCAACGUGAGAACAUACGCAUUGACCCAAUCAAGCAGCUGCCUUUUGAUCUCCUUUCGACAUCGCUCAUUCGCAUUCUUAUGGAGGAUGAUGAACCUUUGGAUUCAGUGGAACCCUGCCCCUAUUUGUAUGUGUCAAAAGUAUGGCGUGAGUGUAUCAUCCAAUGCCUUGGCGGAUUACGUUUUCGGACUGGACACCAGCAAAUGGAAAACCUUGAAGAGCCAUCGCAAAUCAGCAUUUUCGCUCGCUAUACCAAGUCAUUGUGUAUUUCGUACCACUCCAAAGGAUCAUGGCUAUGCGAUUUGCUGCGUCGUAACGACUUUUGCAUGCUGCAAGAGUUAAUCAUUGAGAAGCAUUGUGUCAUGUUCGUGGAUGACUUUUUUUUAUCAUUGACUUCAGUCGGCGGCACUUUGACUCAUUUACGAAGGGAUGACAUCUAUGAGCGAUCAAACAGGAGCCCUUCACCAUUUGCACGAGUACUCUUGAACUGCCCGAACCUUGUUUCACUCGAAAUAUUCCAGCGCAAUGACAACUAUCUCACACAACUACCAAAGAUGACAUGGCCCAAAGUGACGACAUUGGCGAUUGUGAAUGCAGUUGACGUUUUUGGCUUUGACGAGAUAAAAGCAAUGUGUGAGCGUUUUCCAUCCCUCAAACAGCUUACGAUUGAUUCAUGCCCUGAUCUGCAAUCAACAUCGAUCAUCCAUCAAUAUUACCCAUCCAUGAGAAGUCUUCACGUUACGGGUAAAUUCCCUCAUGUUGUUCUUCGCUACUCUGAUCAAGGACCUGAAUGUGAUCAACCAGGGAUAACGGAUCUUGCGAUUUGCAUGGAUAAAUGGAAUCGUCUCUUACCUACACCCAAGCUCAGUUUACUAUUCAAGCGGCACCAUCAGACACUUGAAAGUAUCAAAAUGGAGAUCCAUACCGCCAUUGACGACGCAAGCAUUUACAACAUCCAAUACCCUCGACUCAAAAAGCUACAUCUCGAUAAGAGUGGAUGGUGGAUACCACGCAAUGCACCCAUGCUAGAAGACCUAUGCAUCGCAUCAACAACAUUCAGCACGCACCCUGUAGUGCUUGACACAAUACCACCCAAGUUGAAGCAGCUGAAACUGGAAUUUGGUGGUGAUGGAUCUCAUUUUGGCGACAAAUCACCCAUCGAAGGAUACCUCGAUCGCUAUGUCAAUCAUCCUCAUUUACGAGAGCUCGCUAUUCACACCAACAACAUGAACACCAUGAACAACGUCCUUCAUUCAAUUUGUCAUCUGUCUCAGCUGCAGUCAUUGUCCUUUGCCUAUCAUGAGUGGGAUGCCAAUGAAAUGGAAAGCUUUUUUCACCAACUUGUCCAUGCAUGCCCUGAUUUAGCCAAGCUUUUGUUUACCUGCAUCAAAGCGCCAUCGAUGGCUGCCAUGCUUGCCUUGAAGCAACUAGCGAAUCUGCAGCACAUUGGGAUUUUGAUGGAAACUUUGGAUGAGGAUCAUGGUUUUUGGGAAGCUCUCAACGCGUUAACACCACUCAAGCAUGUUGCUAUCAAUGGGUCCAAGGCAGUUAACAUGAAUGAAAUCCGCCGGCUCAAGGAGCGUAGACCUGAUUUGACGACUACUCUCAGCUGA